CACCUGUCUAUUAAAUGUUGCUUUUAUAUCUAGAGUCACUAUACCACAGUAGGCAAUGUUUUAAUGCUUGCUGAUUGGUUAAUUAGUUGGUGAUCAAGUCCCCAUGGUGUAAAUUCAGUUCGUUUGUUCGAUUUAAAUCCCAAAAGUUCCAAAAUGCGUUCCUUCCUCACGUUACUAUCAUUUGCAUUGUUCGUUAACUUCCGGCUUAUAAAGUCAUUGCCACGUCACCAGAGGCUACGUCAUCAUACAUUACGUCACGUGGGAGAUCAUAUCAACAGUGUCGUUGAACAAGAUAACGACGUCAGUGUGACGAAUGGAACGGAUCAACCAAUCAGAACGAAGCACAGACAUCAUAUUAAAAGGCACCCGCUCCUGUUCGAUUGGACGACCUCAUGCGGUGUAUGCGACCCCGAGCAAUGCUCUGCUACCCCAACCUCUUGCCCUGGUGGGUUAAUAAGAGAUGCUUGCGAUUGUUGUUACGUUUGUGGGAAUUUAGAGGACACGCCGUGUGACUUGCCGGGUGCCAUGUUCAGGUUCGGCAACUGUGGGGAAGGGUUGGUUUGUACACCUGUUGAACCUGAUGACGUGGGAUUAGAUGCUUCCGAUUCCUACUGCGCAUGCGCGGCUCGUGACGUCAUAUGCGGAAGUGACGGAAGGACUUAUUCGAAUCCAUGUCGAUUCCGACGCGCCUCGGGACGCGUUGCUGGAUUGGAGAUUGCUCGCCAGGGUCCUUGCCGUGCCGCGCCACAAGUGGAAAUUCCUCCAAUGAACCAAACAGCAGAGUCAGGAUCUUCGGCGGUGUUUAGUUGCUCGGUUUCGGGGUUUCCCCUUGCUUGGUUUGAAUGGACGUUGAACGGAGAAAGUGUCUUUCAACCAAAUCUUGACGAUGGUGUAACAGUACAGGUUCGGAGUGGUCCGCUUCCGUAUCAAGUAACCACGUGGUUGGAGAUCGACCGCGUUAUGACGUCACAUGCUGGAUUGUUUACGUGUAUUGCAAAGAAUGAGUUCGGAAUAUCUAACGCGACAGCGAGACUAAAUGUCGUAGCAGGCGACUUCCCGAUACCAAACUACUACGUUUAUCGAAGAAAGCAUUACGCGUUUAACAGCCGGGAGGUGGCGACGGAGAGCACAAAUUCAAAUUAUCUCCGAUCUCACAUUUUACCACCAGAUGACGUCACACUGACCCUUGGACAAGUUGGUCGUCGACACGAUGACGUCACGUCUGAUGAUGUCACAAAUUAUCAUGACGACAGUAACACACCGAGUUCGGAAUUUCCUGGCACAGAAAUCCAGCCACUUUUAAACAAUGACGUUAUCACUGACGUAACAAAAGAAACAAUUGAUGACGUAUUAUCACACGCGUUACGCGCGAUGGUGAAACCAAAAAUGUUUAAAGAUGUUUUUUUUGACGACGAUGAUCUUUCGGAAGGAUCGGGCAUUCUAUGACGUCAUAUUAAUUCGUGACGUCACAAUGCGCACUAUUAUUUCAAUGACGCGCAUUAUUAUUUCAGUUUUAACUCUAAUUUGGUAUUGAAAUCUUCUAUUGUAUUGAAAUUUUGGUAUUGAAAUUGCUACAAUAUUUGGUUACGUCACAAGCACAUACGUAAUAAUACGAUGACAAUUUUUUGUUUUUAUGACGUCAAUAAAGGGACAAAAUAUGGUUGCUGUAAAC